AAGUAACCUUCAGCCGGAAGUUCCUGGGCCCGCCAGAGGAGGGGUGGGGGCGGGGAGGACUGCGGGCAGGAUGGCGGCUCAAAUUCCAAUCGUGGCUGCCACUUCUACUCCCACCAUAUCCAGGAACAGCAAGAAGAGGCCAGCCAGCCCUUCCCACAACGGCAGCAGCGGGGGAUAUGGCACCAGUAAAAAGAAAAAGCUCUCCGCCUCCGGCUUUGCUCAGGGUGUCAGCAUUGAAGCCAUGAGUGAGAAUAAAAUGGCGUCCUCUGAGUUUAGUUCGGGGCCUGUAGAAAAAGCUGCCAAACCGCUGCCAUUUAAGGAUCCCAACUUCGUGCACUCUGGCCACGGCGGCGCAGUAGCUGGCAAGAAGAACAGAACCUGGAAGAACCUCAAACAGAUCCUCGCUGCUGAAAGGGCAUUGCCAUGGCAACUGAAUGAUCCUAACUACUUUAGUAUUGAUGCUCCUCCAUCCUUUAAGCCAGCUAAGAAGUAUUCCGAUGUCUCAGGCCUUCUUUUUGCAGUUCUCGAGGUACCAAUAAGAAGUGUCCCAGGAUCUGGCGGGGCCGUUCCUCUUCCUACAGACUGUCCCUGGAGUGUUCUUCAAGUCUGGAAAGAUGUUCUUCAAGUCUGCCAAAGCCAACUACACAGACCCUCAGAGCAAGCUGCGGUUCAGCACCAUUGAAGAGUUUUCCUACAUUCGCAGGCUGCCGUCUGACGUGGUCACAGGCUACCUGGCCCUGAGGAAGGCCACGAGCAUCGUUCCCUGAGCCUGAGAAGUGGAGAUGAAGUGGAAAUGACCUUGAAAACAGACUCUGCCCUUGUGGUUUUGUUUCAGGGAAACAGAUGUGUUCUGCUGUCAAUCCAAGAGUAUCAGCUCUGUGUCUUGCAAAGAUUGUCUGGCUUUACCAUGAGGGUUUUUCUGACUUUUUUCCCUCCAAGUGUGACGUUCCUCUUUUAAGUCAUACUUCAGUUGUUGCAAGUAAAAAUUGUUUGAUAAGAAAAUAUAGUAAAAUUAUGCAUUUAAAUUAA